UGUGCCAAAAAAUAUUAGUUUAAAGUCAACAUGAAGACGAUUAGUUUGAUCUUUUUGACAUUUUGUGUAGCAUUUAUUGCUGCGGCUCACAUCGAUUCUGAUGUGUUCGGAAAUCGUAUCGUAGGCGGUGAAGAUGCUGUCGAAGGCCAGUUUCCAUACCAAAUUUCACUUCGCACAAAAUCGAGCAAACAACACUUUUGCGGUGGCUCAAUUAUUACCGAUCGUUUCAUGUUGACAGCCGCUCAUUGCACUCAGGGACAGUUAUCUGAUCCAAAAAUCGUGUAUGCUGUGGCCGGUUCAUAUCGUCGUCUCAAGGGUGGUGUUACUAUCGCUUUGGACAAAAUUACACCAAGCAAAAAGUACAAUACACACAAAUACUUUAAUGACAUUUCAUUGUUGCGUGCCGCUGAAAAAAUCGUCUUCACUAAUCUCAUUCAACCAAUCGCUUUGCCAACACAAAAUAUCGUCGGCGAUACCGAGGUUCUUCUGUCAGGCUGGGGACGCACUGAGUACCCAAUCAGCAAUGGACUGCCAGACAUUUUGCAAUUUAUCACACCAACCACACUCACCGUCGGCGACUGUAAAGAAAGAUUCAAAGGUCAUGGAGCUGUCCAUUUGAUUGAUGAUAGCAUACUUUGUACAAUAAAUCCAGCCGAUAUCGGAGCAUGCCACGGUGAUAGCGGUGGUCCUUUGGUCGACGCAACGAAUCCUGAAAAUAAAACAUUGAUUGGUAUCGUGUCGUGGGGAAUUCCUUGUGCGAAAGGCUAUCCAGAUGCGUUUACUCGUGUUUAUACGAAACUUGAUUGGAUUCAAGAAAAUAUUGCCGAACAAAGUAAAGAUUUUGAAUGAACGUGAAUUUUGAAACGGUUUUAUUGCUUCCGAAAUAUUUUAAGUUCCUACAUUUGCAAUAAAAUAAAAGAAAACAAAUUAUUACAAA